GUGACUCCCCGCGCCCGCGCCGCGCUGCGCAGAUGGCGCUGCCUACGCUGCCCUCCUGCUGGGCCAGCCGGAGCAGGGCCCUGGAGCAGCAGAUCGUGCGGCAGCGGGACCAGGAGGCCCGUUGGCGGCAGCAGUGGGAGCGGAACAGCCGCUAUUUCAAACAGUCCGGAGUCUGCAGCUCCAAGCAGAGCCAGUGGAGCUCGCGCCGGUCCUAUCAGCAGAGCAUGAAUGCAUAUCACUGUGAGAAAAUGAAAGAGGAAAAAAAAAUCAGCUUGGAGCAGAGACGAGAACAACUUAGGAAACUUUUGUAUGAGGAGCGAGAAUUGCUAACAGCAGAACUCAGGGAGCUGAGACUGAACAAGGAGUCAGAUCUGAACAAGAUCAGAGAGAGAAGUGAAGAUUUGAAAUCUGCUAGAGAAGAGCGUCGGAAAAAGGUGGCUGAAGAGCUGCUGUAUGAACACUGGAAGAAGAACAAUACCAAACUCCGAGAGAUUGAGUCAGAGCUCCACAGGAAGCAUGUGAUAGAUGUUUGGGGCGAUCAGCUAACAGAAAAGAAGCAGCAAGAAGCAACUGAAAGAGAAGAAAAAAGACGGUAUGAAAAUGAAUAUGAACUUGCCCGAAGGGAAGCACUGGAAAGAAUGAAACAAGAGGAAGAAAAGAGGCAGCUGGAAGAGAAGAAACGAGCUGAAGCAUUACUGCAACAAAUGGAAGAACUGAAGUUCCGGGAGAUGGAGGCAACAAAACUGAAGAAAGAGCAAGAUAAUUUACUAAAACAGCAAUGGGAGCUGGAGGAGCUGGAAGAAGAGAGGAAGCAAAUGGAAGCAUGCAGGAAAAAGUUGGAGCUUGGUCGCUUUUUGAGACAUCAGUAUAAUGCCCAACUAAAGAGACGUGCACAGCAGAUACAACAGGAGCUGGAGAUGGACAGGCAAAUACUAUUAGCCCUUCUAGAGAAGGAAGAUGAGGACCAACGCCUCCACUCUGCUAGACGGGAGCGGGCUGCUGCAGAUGCUGCCUGGAUGAAACAUGUAAUUGAGGAGCAGCUCCAGUUAGAAAAGGCACGAGAAGCAGAACUGGAGACCAUUUUUAGGGAAGAAGCUAAACAAGUGUGGGAAAAAAGAGAAGAGGAAUGGGAGAGAGAGAGGAAGGCCAGAGACAGACUGAUGAAUGAGGUCCUCGCAGGCAGACUGUGUCAGAUCCAAGAGAAGAUGGAGCUAAAUAGACAUGCCCAGGAGGAAUGUGUAAAAUACCGGGAACAGCUGAUUAGAGAGCUUGAGGAGGCAAAAGAGCUAACUCGUCGAGAGAGAGAGGAAGAGGAGGAACUAAAAACAGCUCGCAAACAAGAGCUGGAGUCCCAGCUUACCGAACGUCACCUCCAAGAGCAGGAAGAGUUACAGCGCCAGAAAGAGGAGGAGGAGGAAGCAAGGCUGGCAGAGCAGCACUGUGAGGAGUUAGUGCGCCAAGAGGCCAAGCGCAUGACUGAGCGGGGCUAUCCCAGUAAGCCCCGUGGUCGUCCAAAAACAGCUUGGACCUGAGAAGGGUUGCCCUUAAGUUCUGAGGUGUGAGCAUCAUAGCAUCAGUAUGAAGGACUCAAUGUUGCAGGCUAUGUGCCUGUUAAAGAUCAGGAUGGUGUGGAAUAUUUCAAAACCAAGAAUCAAGGUGCUGUCAUCAUGAAAUUGUCAGGAAUAGUCCAUGAAGCGGAUGGAGAUGUGCUCAGUGCAAAUGAAGGGUGAAGUUUUCAAAAGCAUUCAGCCAAAUUCUCCCCUUGAAGUCAAGGUCAAAUUUCCCUUGAAUGCAGCAGCAGCAGAGGUAGGCCAAUGGAGCUUUACUUGAAAAUACUAUCCUAAGUGUGGAGAGGGCCCUACACCACUCCAGCUGCUUCCAGUGUUUAGAAGCUGUGAAGUGACAUGUACGGCAAAGUUGACUGUCCACCUACACUUCAACCAGGAAAAACAGUGGUGGAAGAGUAAAUAUGCAGAAAGCUUUAAAAUAGCUGCAUGUAUUCUUGACUAACGCAACCCAGUUGAAUCAAUGAUACUAAACCACUGACUGUUGCUGUUUAUAGCGGAAAGGGUUUCUUUAGCAUCAUGCCUUUUCUAUUAACCCUAAGUAAUGUUUGCUCAGAAAUCCCUCCUGUGCUUCCUUAUCCCCAAGCAUUGUAAAACCGUCUUUGUGAGAAUUGCAAUGCCACAGGGUGUCAAUUGUUGACACAAGUUUCAUUUAGGAUCUAGGACUUUAAAGAUUUUAAUAAAUAUUUACUUGUCUGUU